UGCCGUAGUGGCAGGUGACAACCACAAUAUGGCGUCCAGACGUGCAUGAUUGGUUGGCGUACGUGGUGUGUAGCCAGACGUCGGCGCAGCAAUUAGACAUCACCGCUAGCGCCCGCCGGCUGCUGCUGCUGCUGUAUCGGGGAGUGGAGGCGCUCAGGAACAUGGCGUCUUCUAUCUGGAAAGGGCUGGUCGGUGUCGGGCUCUUUGCCCUGGCACACGCCGCUUUCUCAGCUGCUCAGCAUCGUUCUUACAUGCGAUUGACUGAAAAGGAAGAUGAGACAUUACCUAUAGAUAUAGUUCUACAAACCUUGCUGGCAUUUGUAGUGGCCUGCUAUGGCAUAGUACAUAUCGCUGGAGAGUUUAAAGACAUGGAUGCUACUUCAGAAUUAAAAAAUAAGACAUUUGAUACGUUAAGGAAUCAUCCGUCAUUUUAUAUCUUCAAUCACCGUGGACGGGUAAUGUUCCAGUCCCCUGACACAGAGGAUUCUCCACAAAACCCAGCUGUGUUCACGUCCAGUGCGCCACUGAAGCUACGGAAGCUAGAAACAAUGCAACGUUAAAAACAACUGAUUUUUACAGAUGCUUAUAGAAGAGAACAUUGUAAUAACAUGGGAGUCUGGGAUGUAAACACUUCAUUUUUAUAUAUUUUUUUUUUCUUUUUUUUUUUUUUUUUCCUGGGGCAAUAUUUAUAUUGAUCUUCCAGACUUUAUAAAAGGAAAAAAAGAGGACUUUCUUUGUACACUUACUGAAAAGGACUGUAUUGUGGACUAGCAAUGCACUGUAACUUAUUGCUACAAUUAUGCUGUAAAAGAUGUAUUUUACCUUUGAAACAUUAAAUCUAAGCUGCAGCUCAA